AUGUCUUCCCAAGCUCAAGCUGAGCGUUUCCAUGUCCCCGUGACCUCUGAAGCCUCAGACGAGUCUCUUCAGGGUCCGAUGGAGUUUCCAGAUGUACCUCAGGGUCCGUUUGAUUCUGUAGAAGUUUUCGAAUCUUCAGCUGAGGGUUCUGGGGCUUCUCAGACCCCAUUGGGGUCCUUAGGCGAGUCUGCUUGGUCGUAUGUCUCGCAGAUCCACGAUCAUUCGACUAACGAUCUUGGGGUUCGAGAAACGUCUCCAGGGGAUACCCAGGGCGUACUGACUGGGUCCUUUCACACUCCAAUAGCCACUCAAGAAGCGAUGCAGGGCCUAGCUGAGCCGCACGGAAUAUCUCAUGACCCAGCUGAAUCUUCUACAACUUCAAUAGCCCUCCAAACACCGGACAAGGCUGUGGAAGCCGACAUGACCACCCAGGCGCCAAUCGAGUCUUCCGAAAAUCCGGAACCACCAGCCGGACCUUCCCAAGCGCCAGGAGGGCUUACUCGACCGCCUUCGUAUUCGUCCGUGGCUCCACCUAGAUAUAGACGUUCCACCGAAACUACAAUCGAGCCGAUGACGAUCGAGGAAGCCGAGGAAGGAUCCGCCGAAGGCAACGGCGUCCGUGCCAAACGCCGCCGUUGCCGGUGCGCGAUUCAUCCAAAGCUUGUCAAGGAAUGUGAUAUCUGCUGCACGCCGAGAAAUUUGGGCUGUAUAAUGGCUGUAGUGUACAUAUGUGCAUUGUCUGCGCUAAUUCUCGCCGCCAUAAUAUUGUCAGGAGACCGCGACAAUGAUCCGGCGCUGGUUCACGACCACUGCUUCAAGAGCCAAACAAAAGCUUCUUACCUCUCCGGAUUUGUGGGUUGGAUGGGGGCCGAUCAAUGGUAUGCGCAUCACUGGGGUCUCGCGGUCUUCAAAAGCUUGUCCAUCAUCAUAGGUUUGGUAUGGACGUCUCUCCACUUGUUCAUUCAGGCCGAUCCCCCGCUUGACCUUGACUGGCUAUGGUCGACCUGGCUCUAUAGUAUCCCUGUCGUGGUUCUUUGGUGGAUGAUUGAUACGGUGCUCUGGCUUAAGGGCGUGUAUAGUGUUCCUGGAUGCCCUGGCGGUGGUGGUGUCUAG